GACGAUCGAUGCCAGAGUUUUAAUUUCGUCAUCUCUCUUCAUAUGUGCGAGUUUAAUGAUCGCACCAAGGAAGCGAAACCCAACGACUUUAUUCAAAACCCCGACAGGUUUUACAUUCGAAGAGACGCUAAUCGAGGUGAGCUGAUAUAAACAAACUCAGUGCAGUAACUCUGAAAAGGUCUUAAUGCUUCAUGUUAGCCUUUAAAUAAUAAUUAUAAAGUGCAAUAUUGAUUUAAUUUAUUAAUUUUUUCGAAAUGAAAAAUCUGUACUUUGCGAAUAAAAGUCUGUAGUUUCCUAUCUCGCGGUAAAUGAAGCAAUUGUAAACGCUAGCUGGAGAAAUAACAUUGAUCAGUCACAUUACGCAUAAAACCAUUUAUUUUCUUUCAGAAAUAAAUUUUAUUAACAGCAGUGGGUUUUGGUGUUUCUUAGUCCCUUUAGGUUCAAUUGAGGAUCUUCCAGUUGAAACAUGUAAAGAAAUUAAGGCGAGUGAAGGGCAGUCAACAGUCAGUGCCAAAUACUGGUUAUAUAACAACUUGAAAUCCGGAACCACUCGUCUAGCUUAUUGUGACAUGGAAAAAGAAGGCAAGUUCAGUUAAUCAUUAUUUCAAAAUGACUUCGCCAGUUCAUUAAACAGAUGUUCAAGUCUUCAGUUGGUAAAAAUGCAUAAUGAAAGGCAAUGCAUUUUUUUUUUAGCAAUCGGUUACAGGUACCCUGAUAAUCUUUUAUCAUUCGAAGCAAAUUUUUCUUAUUGGCCGAGAGCCCACCACGUGGUCUGCAAAUAACUGCCUGGAAAUAAUGGUCUGCUCUUGCGCAAUGUCGUCCAACUGUGUUUGGCUUUGGCGUUUGGCAGCAACUAAUAUUCUGCUCAUGCGUAAAAUAAUGAAACCAACGCUUUUCUCCCUCUUGCGAUCGCUGUUGUGUGAAAAACAAACUCGGUGACCGAAUGAUAAAACAAUUAUUGGACUCGCUUAUCGCAAAAUAUCGUGAUUUGUCAGAGUCUCGCAGAUGAAUUAUGAUCUGCUCGCCACUGACAAAUCACGAUAUAAUUUUUAAUAAUCCCAGACGUUUUCAAAUAGAAGGAAACUACCAUGAGGUGAAAUUGCAUUAUUUUCUAAAGGGCCUCGCUUUCCACAGAUCGAUAACGGCCAGUCAUCAAGUUUCUUCAGUUUUAGCCGUAUUUCUAACCAUAAUAACCAAAGGAGAAAAGCUGAUUCUCCCUUGUAAAAAAUUCAUCCCAAAAUAUCUCGAAAAAGUUCUUAAAGGUUAAAUUGCUCCAACUUACCAAAAAAAUGAGGCAGCUAUACUGCAGGAACACGUGGUAACCUCCAAAUACGAACGAACUAUUUUGCAAACAAAACUUCUAACGCCGAGAAAUAAGGUUGCAAGCAAAUUGGUAAGGGCAUCAAUAAGUUGCUAUGACAACUCAAUGGAAACUUUUAUACUAUACUGUAAUCAGUUAAUGUUGGACUAAUGGACGAACUGUUAAUUAAGUCGAUCAAGAUGAAGCGAAUCGAAAAGAUAAUUAUUCGCGGUCUUUGUUUUUCUUAGAGGUCGACGAGUGCCGCACUUUGUCAAUCAUUUGCGAUGACUCUGCCGACUGCACUAAAACUCAAGACAGUUACCAAUGUACUUGCAAAUCAGGGUUUUCCGGUGACGGAAUAACCUGCAGCGGUGAGUAGAAAAUAAAUCAGAAGAAAAGUACAAUAGGUAUGUGCCGCCCAAUAGCAAGGUUUUUGAGGGUCUCCAUCCUUAAAAGAUCUUAGACUAUCGUUUUUGCUGUUGUUGGCGUUGUGUUCCGGCUGUGAUCCUAACAGAUAGUGUACCAAUUAUAUGUAUGAAGAUCAUCCCAGUUAUAUACGCAACUUUUGCAGUUGCGAAAAGAAAACCUGAAAAAAAAUUCAUGCUUGUACAGGAUUCGAACCCUUGACCACUGCGAUACCGGUGCAGCCCUCUANGCGGUCUUUGUUUUUCUUAGAGGUCGACGAGUGCCGCACUUUGUCAAUCAUUUGCGAUGACUCUGCCGACUGCACUAAAACUCAAGACAGUUACCAAUGUACUUGCAAAUCAGGGUUUUCCGGUGACGGAAUAACCUGCAGCGGUGAGUAGAAAAUAAAUCAGAAGAAAAGUACAAUAGGUAUGUGCCGCCCAAUAGCAAGGUUUUUGAGGGUCUCCAUCCUUAAAAGAUCUUAGACUAUCGUUUUUGCUGUUGUUGGCGUUGUGUUCCGGCUGUGAUCCUAACAGAUAGUGUACCAAUUAUAUGUAUGAAGAUCAUCCCAGUUAUAUACGCAACUUUUGCAGUUGCGAAAAGAAAACCUGAAAAAAAAUUCAUGCUUGUACAGGAUUCGAACCCUUGACCACUGCGAUACCGGUGCAGCCCUCUACCAAUUAAGCUAACAAGCCAACUUGGAGCAGGUCGUUGAAUUGGUUCGUUAUAAACCCGUGAAAGGAUGAUGAUGAAAUUAUAAAUAUAUGAAAAUCAUAUAUUUGAACUGCGGAGUGUAGAAUUAUAUGAAUGAAGAUCAUCGGAGCACCGGUAUCGCAGAGGUCAAGGGUUCGAAUCCCGUACAAGCCUGAUUUUUGUUCAGGCUUUCUUUUCGCAGCCGCAAAAGUUGCGUAUAUAACUGCAAUGAUCUUCAUUCAUAUAAUUCUUCACUUCCCAGUCAUAUAUGAUUUUCAUGUAUUGAUAACUUCAGAUAGUGUACCGUUAUUAUGUCAGCAAAUAUCAAAUGCGAUAACGCCCAGAUAGAUGAGAAACAAAUCAUCUGUAAAACUUGAAAUAUCCCGUUAAGCAGUAGGAAAGGUUUGAAGGUUUGUGUUGUAGUUAAAUUCUUACUGUUUUUUUUUUUGCGUUUGUUGCCGUUGUUUUCGUGAAUAGGGUGUCAUUUUUCGGGUUCGAGCCUUAAAUAGGGUAUAAGUUUUCGUUUGUGUCAUCCUCACAUAGGGGCAAGCUUUCAAGACCAUGGGCGUCAUACACCCUCGCUAGAUUACGGCCAAUUUUUUUACCCAUUGGUGACCGUACGUAUCAAAGGGUUUCCGCUGAAUACCAAAUGAUCAAUGUUGUUGUUUUCGUUUAAAGAUAUUGAUGAAUGCCAUUUUUCUUCACCCGUCUGCGAUUUCAAUGAAAAAAAACGAGAUCACAGCUUUACAAGGGUAGUAAAUCAGUCAUGUCCCAAAUCGUCCUUAAGUCUCCUAUUAAUAUCAGCGAGAGAAGCGUGGUUAAGCAACGAUAAAAAGAAAGGAAAUAUUUUUUGGGGUCAAUAUUAAUUUAUCAGUGGGAUUAAACCUGAUCCAUUACUUGUUAAUUAUUGUUGUAGCUUAUAAAGGAGUUAGUGCAAAUAUGUACAAACUGAAACGAUUCUAUUAUGUUUUUUCAAAAAUUUUCAAUUCAAAGACAUCGACGAGUGCACCCAAGGAACACACGACUGCCUUCCAAACCUCGCACUCUGUCUGAACAGUGUUGGCUCAUACAGCUGUUCAUGUAACAAUGAGUACCUUGGAGAUGGAAAAACAACCUGCGGGCUAUACACUGAAGGCAAGUCUAAUCAUCUUGUUACCUAAUUUUUUAAUAGACGAAAUCGAACUCGCUGUUAAAAUGGCAUCAAAUGCCCCUCUCCAAUCCUGUCUAAUAUAAGCCCCCCUAUGAGAAUUACUCCAAAAUUCUAGCAGAAAGGAGCAAAGAGUGACGUAGCCGUCAACCUCAGGGGACACCUAUCUAUGAAUAAUUUCAUAACGCACAAUUUUGCUUGCCCUACAUCUUUUAAAACGUUUAUAUCUCGGCUGUUUUUGAGGCUAUUCAGAUCAGAAAAAUUUUGCACAGACAUUGUAAAAUGAUGGAAGUUUAGGCGGGUUGUGUUUUAUCUGGUAGAUCACGCUUUACAAAGAUGCUUUAAGCCACAGUUGUACCAAAUUGGGAAAUUGUGAUUUUGUGUCCAACUUUGCGGAAAGAACAGAAGAUAGAACGGCUGUGAUUUUAUUAAUAAAUGAUCGGUCAAAACCUAGCCUGCGAGCAAGCUUUCCUAGUUGGGCCAACAAUGUGAGCCUCCUUUCCUCGCUUCACUCGCCCAAAUAGGAGAGCUUGCUCGCAUGCUAGUCAAAAGCUUUUGUGUGGAACAAUCGUCUUUUUAUGCGCAGAGAAUUUGCUGAACAAGCAUUUUUCCUCGUAGAAUGUCAAAUCUAUUCAAGGCUACUCAAUGCUAGCAGGAAUGUGAAUUAUGUCUUUGACAAAACAUUCAACUGUGACAGCCAAAUUGCUCCAGGGUGGAAGCGUUUUGAAGGUGCCGCCGGGACAAGAAUGCCUACUUCGUGUCCCGCUACACACAGGUGCGGCACUCACUCUCCUGGUUGGAUAAAUGGUACAAAUCCGCAGGUGGAAGACGGCGAAGUCUUAAGGAAGGUUUGUUUUCAUUGGAGCAGGAACUGCUGUAAUUGGUCCACUACAAUCUCUGUCAGGAAUUGCGGUUCCUAUUUUGUGUACAAACUCAGCGGCACACCAGCUUGCCAACUUCGGUAUUGUGGUACUGA